AUGGCUUCUGGAGUUUUCAGUUGUCAUUAUUGUGAAGUUCCUCCUUCCAUCUCCUUCUCUGGAUCUGGCUUUUUGGCCACCUACCAGCUAGGGGUAGCCCAGUGCUUCCUAAAUUUUGCACCCUGGAUACUGCGUGCGGCACCUUGUGUCCUGGGUGCAUCUGCUGGGUCUCUGGUAGCAGCUGCUGUUGUCUGUGAAAUGAGCCCGAUUGCUAUGCGAGAUGAGAUGAUACGUUUUGCCAAACAGAUGAAGGCUUUUACACUUGGCCCAUUACACCCCUCCAUUAAUGUUUUCCACUGGUUGGAGUCCAUAUUACUCAAACAUCUUCCCUUUAAUGCGCACCAACUGGCCAGUGGGCGUCUUGCUGUGGCUAUGACCCGCAUCACUGAUGGCAAGCUCAUUAUGAUGUCAGAGUUCCAGUCCAAAGAGGAUGUUGUGCAGGCUUUGCUAUGUAGCUGCUUUGUGCCUGUUUACUGCGGUAUGCUGCCUCCAUCCUUCAAAGGAAUACAUUAUGUGGAUGGGGGUUUCAGCAGCAUGCAGCCAGUACUCCCUGCACUCUGCAGUCAAACCUUGACUGUGUCCCCCUUCUCUGGAGAGGUAGACAUCUGUCCUGCCGACACACCUUGCAUCAUGGACAUGGUAGUGAGUGGAAUCACCUUGAAGGGCAACAUGGCCAACAGCUUCAGGAUCAUCAAUGCUCUCUACCCCAUGGCUUUAGAGACUCUGGAACAAGCCUACGACAGCGGCUACAGAGAUGCAGUUCAUUUCCUCCUGAACAACAAUCUUGUCCCGUAUUUGUUGAUACACAGAGUUUCCGAACUUCCACUUAUCUACAACCAAACUCAAACAUGGAGGCAUCUGGAGGCCACCAUAGAGGAAGAUAAGGAGGCGAAGAUGGAAAAGGAGACUCCUACACAGAUAUCUUCUAUAGACAAUAGAAGCAUGCAGAUCGACAGUUCUACUGAUCAUGAGUGGGCCAGAAAUCGACUGAGUAAAGAACCUCCUCUCCAUUUUGACUUGAUAAAGAAUGUUCUGCUGGGGAACGUGGUGACCUAUCUAAGCAUGUUUGGACUCUCUGUAAGAAUCUUAUUCCACCUGCUCCUACCCCUCAUGCUGUUGUUUUACCCCAUACUCCAGAGUAGGCACAGUUAUGUCUGUUCUCUCUCUCCCAGACUGGAGGUGUUGUUUAGGAAAGCGCCUGAGUUGGUGUUCUGGGCUUGGUUAAGCCUGAGACACUUCACAUUCUUCUUUUUCAACAUACUUGUUUGUAGCCUCAAGAAGAACAUAAAUGACCGAGUUACGCGCUUCAUCCUGCUGUUGUUGUGGCUGAAACUUCAAGCACAACAUGAGGCUACACAAGGGCAGAGGCCCUCUACACCUUCAGACGAUGCCCAUCUGCCCAUUCAGAGAUUGCAAGGUGUGGGAGUCUACACAGAUGGUUAAUUACUCCAUCACAGGAUUACAAGAAACCAUAAUUACAGUAUAUGUAAGCAAAAAGUAUUGAAGGUUGAGUCUUGUUUUAUUUAAAAGGGGUUUUAUUUGAUUUUUUUGUACUACAGUAUCAGUAGAGUGAAAGGCCUAUUUGUAGAAGUAACUGGUUCUUUUACAGUCAACAUGGUACUGGAUUUGCAGUAGAAUCAAACAUCAAAUUAACAAACAAUACUACACUUAGCACAGAAAAGUUUUAUAACACUAAUCAGUGUUUAGUCUGAAGGUGAUAUAGGGUCAAAUGUCUGACAGCAUGAAUAGGUAUAUAUUGUGUGGUCACAACAAGGCCCUUUCAGACACAUGUCAACGCCACCACUGCCCUCUGAAAGACAUUUGCAGUGCCUCGAGCUUCGCCAAGAUGGCUUUUUGUUAUGUUGAACAAAGCGCUUGUUGCUCACAUGCGCUUGCACCAAAGUUCAUCUAGAUCUAAUUGUGGGCCCAGAGUUGAAACCAGAGGUCAGCGCAGCGCAACUCUUGUUGUGACUAAAAGGGCCUUAAGUCAUCAGGAGGUAUGCUUCUUUGGAAAUUGAAAGCUUGGCCCAAUGUGGCACUAGGUAAUAGGGUCUUGUUUCUUGCCCUUUAGACCCAUCGCUGCAUAACAUACUUGGUGUAACUGUGUAUGUUAUGUUAUGCUGUUCAACUAUAUCAAUAUAAUCUUUAAAAUCUACUUAUCAAGCUUUUUUUUACAGAAUACAAUGAUUUCUGUUUCUUCAAAACCCCAAAACUCACUGCUGACUGAACUGUGGACGUCAGAGAUUCAUCAGAUAAACAUCCCACCAAUUUCUCAAUUUUUCAAUUAUUCAAAGUUUUCACGGAACAUUGAUUCAAGUUGAGAGUUUAGCUCCAGGGCGCUCAUCUAAUAGGCCUUUCUAAUUUCACUGGUCCUGUGAUAUGCUAUUUGAACACUGCUCUCUUUCACUCCUUGUCCCCUAAUGUCCAAGUAUUUGCCACCUCACCACUAUUGUUCAAUGAUUUGCUGUUAAUCCUCAUAGGUCUCUGGCAUGCCCUCGUUUCCAUUUCAGAAGUGGAUGCAGGAAAAUCUGCCUGGUUAGGUUUCACUGAGGGCUAUGACACUUUUGAUGUUGUAGAAACAGAAACACUGAUUUCUUUUACUUCCAUUGUAACG